AUGUCAACAGCCGAAGGCCAAAAGCGCACAGCAGACUUCUCACCCACCACACCAACCAACCCCAAUCCUCCUCCUCAGAACACCACCGCACCACACAUUUUACGCCGACACCAGCACCGCCGUCGCAACAUCGCCGCCAGCGUCUGGGGCCCCGAACUUCCUCCACCCCCAUCCACACCCGGCAUCUCCCAACCAGCAUCACGCGCGACCUCCUCAAUCUUCCGUAAACCGCCCUUCAACAUCUACAAAUCGCUCCUCCGCCACCCCAACCUGUUCUUCCAAUUCUGUAUCCGCCUUCCCUAUACCAGCAUAAUCUCGCUGUACAGCAUUGACAAAGAAUUCCACUACCGGCUCAACAAAUACAGCCUCAGCCUAAUCCACGACUACGCGCGCUACCAUGCCCUCCUCGCGAGUCAUGUGUUCAGCUGGGUGCUAUUCCCGAAGUUAUGUAUCAGCGACCCCAUGUUGCGGCCGAUGGAUGGGCGGGAGUGGUUGGCGCGCGACGUCCCGGGGUUCCGGUGGGUGGGUAUGGUAUUACACCGACAGAAGGUUGUACGCGGAAUUCUGACGUGUCUGGCGGUCGAGGGGUUGAGAGUGCCGAACAAGGCGUUUGAGGUGCUGUGCAAGUUUUGGUGUGUUAUGGAGUGCAAGAGCGUCGCGCUGAGGGAGGCGUUCCUGCAAGAUGGGGAUAUCUGGUCUGACCAGGAGAUCUUGGUCUUUCAGCUCCUGCUCGUGAAGCUGGAUAUGCGGUUCUCAGAUCCGGUGCUAGGGAAUGGGGUUGGAGAGUUGAGUCAUAUGCUGUUGACGCAGAAGGGGCUGGGGAUACUAUACAAAGUCUUGAUGGGGCAGAUAAGGAUCGACUACGACAAAGCAACAGAUAUCCUGGUCCGCACCUACCUGAGCGAGGAUCUCGACACUGACACGCACACCUGGCUUGACGACGAGAUAGACAAUGGUGUCCCAGAGGAAGAAUGGGGGCUACUUUCCAGAGAAGGGUGGCAUAUGGACGGGAAGAGGAUGGACAGUGCGGUUGACAUGGUGAUUAUGGAGGGUAUCAGAAGAGGACUGGAUGUACAGAGGUACUACCUUGACUUCGUCCUAUAUGGAUUCGUUGAUGGAGACGGAAACAAUGUACCAGUGCCACGGAUGCUCAGACAGGGAAACGGUGUGAACGUGGUCGAGGUUGGUUUGCCGAACGAGCAGGCGAGAAAGCAAGCCCUUGGGAAGUUGAGAGAAUUUGCAGGGCUCUCAUGUAUUGAUGGAAUGGAGGUCGAUACUCAGUCGUGA